AUGGAGGAGGUCGAGGCUAAGACUCCGCCUCCGUUGCCGCCACGACAGCCUUCCCCCGCAGCUGCCGUAUCGUCUACCAGCCUCGCUCCGCCGCGACCGUCAAUCUGGGACAGGGCUCGCUCGUCGACUAUUGGAGCGCUCGAUGCGGCGAGGACAGGAUUAUUCACGAGCAAGGCUGCAGAGAAGGCUCGAAACGAUUCUCUCGGUCCCCUAUCCCUUCCCGACGAAUGCGCACGAGCAGCCCGGAUAGUCCGCACCUUCACCCUCGACGCUGCCGACUUGCCGACCGAGAUCUCGCUCGACGAGCGACGAAAGAGCCAGGUCAUCCUGCGCAAGGUUCCGACAGAAGUCGUUGCAGCGGCUCAGGGUCUUGUCGUUUUGACGGUGUUGAAGAAGUCGGGAACGGAGGGAGAGGCCGCUGGAAACGGUGUCAUGCUGGCGAGGUCGCAAGACGGGCGCUGGUCGCCUCCUUGCGCGGUCGUGCUGGAGAAGUUGCUGCUCGGCGAGGAGUUGGACAAAGACGUCUACGAUGUGAUGCUCGUUCUCCGAAGCAACACGACCGUCCAGUCCCUCUUUGACCUACCCGUUUUCUUGGGCGGCGACUUGAGCGUCUCUAGCGGCCCCGUCGGCAACGGCAUGAUGCUCGAGGAAAAGAUGCAGGCGGCGGCUAUCUGGGUAUACGCGAAGAACAAGGCGCUGUAUCAGCCUCUUCAGCUCGAAGGCGCCGUUCUCGAGCAAAGAUCGGAGGACAACUCGUCGGCCUACGGCCGGCUCGUUUCGCCGCGCGAGGUCCUCGAGGGUUCGGUCGAGGCGCCAGGCUGGUCCGAAGGCUUGCAUCACACUGUCGCAGCAGCAGAAGGCCUCGACUUCCAGAACGACCUCAUCCCGCUUGGCCCCUCCUCGAGCGAAACCUUCCUCUCGCCCGACCCAGCCGCCGCCUCUCCCGCUACUUCUCCCACUCUCGCUUCAUCCGCUCCUUCGCCACCUCACGUCUCCCCUCCCCCGCUCGUCACCCGCUCGACAGCUUCAUCCGGCACCUCGUUCCUCUCCUAUUUCUCCCGUCCACGCGCCGGCUCAUCCUCCCAACCCAACCAGACCUCUCCCUCCGCCACGUCGCCCUCGUCUCGCCGUCGACUGCCGAAAGAAGAGCUCGAUGACGAAGACCUCGCUGCGCGGCGAGAGAUGGAAGAGGCGAUGCGGUCUUUCGGCAUCGAAGAUCCGUCUAUCAACCUCAAGUCUCGCGCGGAGGAUCCGCUUCUAGUUGUUGAUGAACGGUAUGGCGAAGGUGAUCCGGAAGAAGCGGAGUCGACUGCCCAGACGGGCGGGACGGGCUCAGCGACGCCAGAGUUGACGGCCAGCCCAGGCAGUCGCCCGAGCUUAUCGCUUCUCUCGAUUCAAGCAACAAGCGCCGUCUUGAGCGACGAAGUCGAGCACCCGCCCGACUCGCCCAGCGCGAAAUUCGCGUCACCGGCUCUCAAGCAAGUCGAGGAGGCGAGCGUGAGCAGGCGGGGCUCGACGAAGGGUAGUCCGAGGGUUGGGCAGGGGGAGAAGCCGCCUGUGCCGCCGCGGAGGACGCCGAGGAUUGGGACGACGGGGAGCCCGAGGCCGGGUAGUCCUGCUGUGCAGCAGGGAAGCGAGGAGACGAAGACGGCGGAAGAAGGGCAUGAAGAUGGAGAGGCCGCACAAGGUGAGGCGGAAGGUUCGCCAGCUGACGAGGAACAGGCGAAGGAGGGUGAGGGUGACGGAGAGUCCGAGUCGAAGGGCGACGAGGAGAAGAAGGACUGA